AUGAUUGACUAAGAGUUUCCACCAAUUUAAUAAAAUCUUGGAAAAAAUAAAAACUUAUCUUGGAAGUCAUUUAAUGAUUUCCCAUUAUUUGUUGAAGAAAGUUCUUAAUUUCCAAAACAAGGAAAAUUAGGUAAUUGUUAUUGGAUAGCACCUUUGGUUUCAAUAUAUGCAGCAAAGUAUUUUCUAUAAGAAAUGAUAGGCCAUAAUAAAUAAAGUCACUUUUUGAAUCUCAUAAUAAUAAUUAUACAACAAUAAGAUUUUGCAUUGAUGGUGAAUGGCAAAAAAUUACAGUAGAUCAUCACUUUCCUUUCAAUGAUGAGAAACAAAAAGUGGUUUACUGUAAAUUAGUUGAUGGAGCUAUAUGGGCUAUGAUAUUAGAAAAGGCAUGGGCAAUACUAUAUGGUUCUUAUAAGUAAAUAAGUGCUGGAUUCAAUAGGUAUCAUUUUGGAAAUAUCUUGAAUUUAGAACUACUUUUAAAGUAUUAACAGGAGCUCCUACAAAUAAGUUUCGAACAAAGGAUCCAAAUUUUAAGGAAAUUUUAUAAUAGAUAGGUACAUUAUGUUUUCCAGUUGGUGCAAAUAUAGUAAGAUAAAAUAUUUGGAAUAAACCAUGCUUAUUCAGUACUUAAAAUUUAAGAUGAUUAAAUAGUUGUUCAUAAUCCUUGGGGAUCAAAGAAGGAGAUUAACACAUACUGACAUUAGAUGAAUUUAAGAAAAGAUUUGUAAGUAUAGAGUGUUGUUAUCAUUUUGAUGGAUACUAAUAUAAAAGGUUUUAAAAUAAUUAUGAUUUAGGGGUAUUAUUUAUACAGAAAAUGAAAAUAGAAUUUAAUUAAGUAUAUGAAUGUGAGAAAGUUAAAUCAGAUAUUUUGGAACCUGUUUAUUUUGAGAUUUAAAUAAAGGUACCAGGAAAUUAUUUUUUUUAGAAUAAAGUAAAAAUUAAAGAUGGUUUCGUAAUAAACGAGAUCUGA